UACUCUCGCAGUUACUCCCCCUGCUCCUGACACAUCCUCUCUCGCUCUCACUCUCUCACAUACACACACACACACACACACACACACACACACACACACACUGCACACUGAUCUGAUCGCAGACACACACGUGUAUUCAUGUCAAGCUCUCAUCUGGACUUGGAGACGAGACAGAAGAAGCCCGAAAAAUACAGGAUCACAGACAGGAAAAGAGCAAGUCAGAUGUGUCUCUGUAUCAGUGAGGGUGAGACAGUUCACACAUGACGGUGACGAAGAGAUGCAGUGAACACAUUUAUUCACUUUUCUUGUGAUCAUUUUUAAACAACUUAAAGUACUGUUUCAGCUCAGUUGUUCUCAUGGCAUCAGUGAGACCCUUCUGUUACCCAACACACAGGGAGAGAGAGAAAGAGAGAGAAAGUCAAGGAGAAGAAUUGCGAACAGCAUAAACAAGAUGAUGGAGAGUCAGAGGGAGGAACAAGCGAGAGAUUAAAACAGAUGCAGAGAAAAAAGAAAAGUCGAUCCAAAUUGCAGAUUACACAAGAGGCAGAAAUUAUGGCGUGAAAACACUGAGCAGAGAAAAUGCAUGAUUCACACCCCACCCCCCCCAUUAACACCUGUCUCUCUCUCUCUCUCUCUCUCUCUCUCUCUCUCUCUCUCUCUCUCUCUCUCUCUCUUUCAUGUUUCUUUAUGUGGGAUUAAUUAUAGCUUCAUUAUAAAUUGCUGUAUAAAAGGUGUGUGUGAGUAAAAGCACACGUUCACUGAUUUACUUACAGACUUUAAGGUCUGCGUCUUUUAUAUGAGCAAAAUAACUGUUUGUAUUUGGCAUAAUAAAGCUGUAACAGAUCACAUCAUAAUAAUCCAGAUCACUAAUCACAGACAGAACAACACUCAGUCUCAGUCUGUGGCAGACAUCAAUCCUGAAUCUUUCACAUUUGUGACUUGUUAAAAUUAUUUAUUUGUGAAUUAGACACAGGGUGUGGGCUUUAUAUCAUGUGUCUAUUUCCUGUUUUUCUUCCUACUUUUUUCUCACGCUAUUCCACACCAUCAUUUCUCCUGUCUUUCUCUUGCCACUUCUGUCCCCUGCACCAUUAAAUGUGCCACUCUCAGUGAUUGUAACUGGAGCAGGUCUGUGUGUGUGUGUGUGUGUGUGUGUGUGUGUGUGUGUGUGUGAGAGAGAGAGAGAGUCUGUUCUCUGUAAGUCAAACACACAGUGUCCGUCAUCUGAUGCCUGGCGUUUCAGUGUGAUGUUUUAAAGGACUUUUUGAAGUUUCAUCCUCGAAACCUGAAUAAAGUCUCAGAGUUCCUCUUCACAGCAAACCUUCUGUUCUCUGAGGCUGUAGGAUCAAAAUCAAACCUCCUCGCGUUAGGAGUUCUAUUUUUAUUUCACUGUGAUUUGCAUUCCAGUCACUGAGAGCUGCAGUUGUAAAAAUGAAUCUAUAAUAAACAGAAAACAGAGUGAAAUAAGACGAGGAGAAAAGACACGUGAUAGACAGGGGAUUUGCUGGUGUAAUAAUAAUGAGUGUGUUGUGGAGUGUGUAUCUGGCUGUGACGCUCAUCUCACACACACACUGCACUCUCUCACCUAAAAAUGAAGUACCACUGCGCACAACUACCUGGAUAAAUGAUGGCAAGAACACACCUGUUCACCUGAGUAAAGGACACACACACAGGUUCCAUUUUACAUUGAGGAAGAAGACGCCAGCUCUGAUGCUCACAGUUUCACCCUGUUCAGGAAGUGUUGAGUGGCAUCUGACUGCACACACCCUGAAGAACAAACCAGCCAAGCAUCAUUACUGGAGCUUUAAGAAGAGUGAGCCUGAAGUGUGGUGGAGAAAACCAACGAAUGAGAAGACACUUCACUCCUAUUCAGGCAGUGCUGUGGACACCUACAUGGGUCCUGCACUUCACCCAAUAUCCAUCUACACACUGCAGAUUAAAUCAGCGCAGGAUGACACACAUGCACAUGUUUAUCUCCAUGAAGGACCUGCACCAUGGGGGUUGUUUCCAGAGUUACCCUUUGACUCCAGAGUGCACUUGCUCGGAGUUGGGAUGAGCAGUGUGACACUGACCUGGAACCCAAGUCCAACUGUUCUCAAAACACUACACACACACAUACACACACAUCCAUAUAAGUACUGUGUUACUGUGAACCGCAAACACAACUACAGGAGUCUGUGUGCCGCACAAGAGAACAGAGCCAUGUGUGCAUGUGAAGAGAUGGAAAGUGUGUGUACCGUCUCUGAUCUUCUUCCAAACACACUCUAUUACUUUGAUGUGUUUGUAAUUAACAGAAUGAACAGCACCAGUGCAGCAUACAUAGGAACUGUGGCACACACACAUACAGAAUCACAAACGCACAAAGAACCACACAUACAUAGUGUGACCCAACUGAGAGAGGGGCAGGUGCAGUGGGUCACACUGAGUUCUGGUGCAGGUGAGAGGCGGAGUUUCCGUUUCCGGCCCCAUGGUGGGCAGAAGAAAGGCCUGCUCACGUUGCUGCGCUGCAACAACGCACACACACACACACUCACUGUUUCAGUCUCGGCCCAAGGAAAUGAGCUGACAUCACAGGAAGUAGGAGAUCAGCUCGUCCAGAUGUGGCUGCAGGGAUUCUCCUCCUACCUGAUUCAGCUCCGACUCGCUGCUUCACACACACAUACAGCAGAGAGUGAGACUUUGUGUUUGAAAAUGCAAGCAUCAUCUGCAUUCCACCGCAGGGAAGCGCCGGCACUGCCACACACACUCCACAUCAAGAGCUUUAACACACUGCGCACCUGCAGCUCUGUUACACUCGCAUGGAUGGGAACCGAGGAACGAGGACUUUACUGCCUCUACAGACGCAGGGAAGACAUGCAGAAUGGGACAGUUGGAAACAGUCUGAAACGGGGUAGACAGAGGAGUGAGACUGGUGGAGACAGAGGGUUAUGGAGUGGACCAAGAAGUGGAAAAGGUCAAGACAUAAUGAUGUGUAGUGAACAGAAGAGUAAGACAGGUCGAAACCAAGUUAAACCCCGUAAACAAAGGAGCGACAUAGACCGUUGUUUAACACCAGAUUCCCGCCCUAAUGAUCAGCGUGUGCUCUGUAAAUACUUCCAGGAACUUGAUGCUCGCCGUGCUGUUACUACGGCAACAGUAAGUGGACUGGAGGCAGAAACACUGUACACUUUUGAUAUAUAUCUCAUGAGACGAUGGGCACUUCCUGUUAAAUACCACAGCAAGACAGUGCGGACCAGGAGAGACUGCUGAGAACUUCACUCACACAGACUGAAUAAACACCUGAAAAACACUACUGAGCGAAGAUCACAUGGCCAUUGUUGCUAUUAUAAUGGUGUGUUUAUUAGAAUUGACACAAAACAUAUCCAACACACUGCAAUAUCACAACUGUCUGAGUUUCAGGCAGGAGAAAAAGAGAUAUUAAGAGAAAUGUCCAACAAUCUGACAGACGGGUGAAACUAAUGUGUCCUGCAUGAUGGAAUAAUUUGUUUUUACUGUGUUUGUGUUUGUCGUGCUUCAGUUUUAUGACCCAAUAAAAACAAAGCUGUAAAAGAACU